UUAACAAAAAUGAUUAUUAACAAAAACAUGCAAGGAAGUUUACGAAUUUGCGCAGAAAGAAGCUUCGGACAUUCCUGCUAUAGAAAAUCUCAAGGACUUCACACCGCCGCGAAAAAAGAAAAAAGCAUCGGUUGUGGUCUAUGCAUUGCCGGAAAAUACAACUUAAGAAGGACUCGGGUGCUAAUCACGUGCACAAUUUUGCACCUUGUGGUCAACCCGGCUAUCAAUGUGAUAAUUCAUGCCCAUGUAUACAAGCACAAAACUUCUGCGAGAAGUUUUAUCAGUGCAGCAGCGAAUGCCAGAACAGAUUUCCUGAGUCGAAGAAUGAAUUCAUCUAGGAAUAUUGCAGCGAAAUUGU